AUUUGGAGCAGGCGGUAACUUGGGCAACCUUCAGCGGUGGCGCGGGGACCUAUAUUAGUGACCAAUAUGGCGACUCCCGGUGGAAGGUCGGUGUUAUUCGUGUGCUUGGGGAAUAUCUGCAGAUCCCCAAUCGCUGAGGCUGUUUUCCAGAAAAUGGCCAAAGACACUGGGGUGGUGGACAAGUGGGUUAUAGACUCUGGUGCCACCUCAGAUUGGAAUACUGGCAGCUCUCCUGACGCCCGUGGUCUGGCCUGCCUCAGGAAACAUGGCAUAGAGACAGAUCACAGGGCACGACAGGUCACCAAAGACGACUUCAUGACUUUCGAUCACAUCCUCUGCAUGGACGAAAGCAAUUUGAGAGAUCUGAACAAGAAGGCAAGCACCGUGAAAAACAGCAAAGCCAAGAUCGAGCUGCUCGGCUCCUACGAUCCUGAAAAACAGCUUAUUAUCCAAGACCCAUACUAUGGGAGUGAUAAAGACUUUGAGACGGUGUAUGAACAGUGUGUGAGAUGUUGCAAAGCCUUCCUGGAGCAGCACUCAUAACAGACACACACACACACACACACACAAGCACACACACACACACUGCGACCAUCUCCUGAAACCUGCUACGCCUCAUCAUAAGAUGCUCGAACGUAAAUAUCCAUUUGAAAUAAGUGUCUUCAUAAGCAAAGCACUCAAACCAAACAAUAACAGCGUAGAGAGAAGCACUUUUUGUCUUUAAUUGUAAAAUACGUCGUGAUGAAAUGUCAUAUGAUGCUUGUUUGAGCAACUGUAAACUGCUUUUGUUGACCAUGCUCUCUGAAGAGAGUAAAUUCACCAAAAUAAACCAGCUGAAAAUGCUAAAAUCA